AUGGUAAUUGCUCAGUUGGUACCUCAUUUUGGAGUUGGGAGGUUUUCAUCACCUGUUGAGUUUGCGAUUUUGCCUGUACUAAUUACUGUUUUGGAUGCAAGAAUUACAGCCUCUGAUUUUAGGGUGGUUGAUUCAGCAUCUCCAUUGACGAAUUGGAGUCAGUUUUGUAUGUUUAGUACUACUUUAUUGCCUAUUGACAUGCAAAUUUAUCAAUUGCUGCCAGGUCGUUGGUUUAAACACAUCAUAAUAGGUGCGCUUCGAUCCGAAGAAUUUAAACAUGUUGCACUACUUCAUAAAAUAUUGAAGUCUCAUUCCAGUCAACUGGUCAAAAUAGGUAUUUUCACGAAGUCUUUACAAUGGCAUACCAGGCAUAAACUUUGCAUUUUGAAGCAAUUGAGAAUGGUGAGAAUUAAAACACAAGUCGUUCAAAAUAAAGUGCAUGAUAUCUUUAUUUCAAAAUGCGAAUCUUCGCUUCAUGAAUUCAUGGGCGUGUUCUCGCUUCUACUCCAAGAGAUGCAUUUAAGCAAGCAGGAGGAAAUUUGUAUUACCACUAAUUGGUUUCCUGAUGCCCAUCAUUCCCUGUUCAAAUUACCACAAAUUACAAUUGACUUAGCUUUGUUUUAUUGA